AUGCGGCUAUCUCCUCUAAAUCUGGUCGCAGCGGCAGCUGCCGCCGUCGGCCUGGUCUCAGCUCUCCCCUCAGUAGCUCCUCAACCUCGCGGCGCUGAUUGCCAGCCCACAGUCAAGCUGCAUCAGGGCACAGUCCGUGGUAUCGUCGACGCCAAUUAUGGUCUUGAGCAAUUCUUCGGCAUUCCCUAUGCCAAGGCCCCCAUCAACAAUCUCCGCUUCGCCAAGCCUCAACCUGUCGACGGUCACCCGGGCUCAACCAUCGACGCGACCCGCUUCGGUGACAUCUGCAUGCAGCCCGCUGCCCCCUCUCCGCUCUACAACAUGAGCGAGGACUGUCUCAACAUCAACGUCGUCCGUCCUGUCGGCACUACUGAACAUGCCAAGCUCCCCGUGCUCACCUGGAUCUACGGCGGGGCGUUCUUCGUCGGCAGCACUCCCGCCUACAACGCAAGCGAACUCGUGCAGAGGAGCGUCGACAUUGGCAAACCCAUCGUCUUUGUUGCGAUGAACUACCGCGUCGGACCGUUUGGCUUCAUCGGUGGGUCGGAAGUGGCUGAUUCGGAGGGGGCGACGAGCAACGCAGGGUUGUACGAUCAGCGUCUCGCUAUGAAGUGGGUCAAGAAGAACAUUGGAAAGUUUGGCGGCGAUGCGGGGAGGGUGACGCUCUUUGGCGAGAGCGCGGGGGCGAUGAGUGUCGCACUUAACAACUUUGCCUACGAUGGCGACAACGAAGGGCUUUGGCACGCGGCGAUCAUGGACUCGGGUGGCAUUGCACCCGGCCCACUGCUCACGCCCAAACAUCCGGCCGUAGAGAAGUCCUUCGAAAGCCUGGCGGCGGGCGUUGGGUGCACGGGUGGCAACGGGACGCUGCUCAAGUGUCUUCGUGCCGCAAACGCGAACGAUGUUCUGGAGGUAUCCUUUGCGCUGACAGGUCAAGCUGGAGGGACGUUUCCGAUUGCAGGCGCCCUCGCCUGGCUCCCCCUCGUCGACUACGAAUUGAUCACCAACUAUCCCUCCGUCAAUCUCCCCCAGGGCAAGCUGGCCGACAUCCCCGUCAUCGCAGGCAACAACCUCGACGAAGGCCCCCUCUUCGCCCAGCAACACCUCAAUUCCUCUUCAAACUUUGAGACCUGGGUCCGCUCCGCCGCGGUCAUCUACAACACCUCCUACACCGAGCAAGCUCUUCAGCGCGUAUUUUCGGCCUACCCAGACAUCCCCUCCCUCGGCUCGCCGUACUACAACGCCGAAACGACCACUUCGGCAGGCACCACCAACCUCACCUCCCGCGUCUAUCCACCUUCGACCGGCAACCAGUACAAACGAUCCGCCGCCUUCUUCGGCGACUUCACCUUCCAAGCCCACCGCCGAACCUAUCUGCGCGCCGCCACUGCCGGCAAGAAGAACGGGAAGAAUGUAUGGUCCUUCGAAUUUCAGCAGAAUGACAAGUUCGCCAAUGGCACCGGCAGCCCGCUGGGUGCGUACCACGGUAGCGAGCUCAAAUACUUUUUCGUCCUCCCCGAUGGCAGAAUCAAAGACCCCGUGCUGGAGGACAAGAUGCCCAGAGCAUACAUCAGUUUUACCUACUACCACGAUCCGACGGUGCUGAGUGGAUUGGAUUGGCCCAGGUACAGGGAGGGUGGGGAACUGUUGCAGUUGAAGGGCGGGAAUGUCACGCGGAUCAAGGAUACCUACAGGAAGGAGGCGAUGGAGGCGUUGACUAAUGAACGCUCUGCGAAGGUUUUUGGGUUCUGA